UUUCUCUCACUCUUCAUAUGAAAUAAUAUGGCGUCUUCCUUGUAACAUGCAGUGAGUCUGAAAAUCUUGAUUCUGCGGGCGUUAUGUUUCAUAUUCCUUCCAGACUCCCGACAUCGACAUGUCGGCUGCUUAAUCCCAGGACUAGCCUGCUAGUAAUGGCGGUGAGAGGAAGAAAAUCUCGUACCGACCCGAAGGCCAAGUCGAAAGCUGGAAGAGUGAAGGUUCCACCUCCCGUCGAUCCGGUGGAGAUGGUCGUCCUCAAGGAGAGAUUCGCUCAGUAUGGCAUGAUCGUGCGAGCGCUCCGUUUCGAGUUUAAGGAAGAAGUGCUGCAACAGAAAUAUGAGCAGGAGGUGGGUUCACAGGCGGAAGAACGGGCCAAACAGGAGGCGGACAGACACCGUGCCCUCAUGGCCUGGAAUGAUGCGGAGAACCUGCGGAUGAGGAAGCUCCGGGAGAUCCGGGUCCUGAAGGAGCAGGAAGAGGCGAAGCAGAAGGAGGCAGACCUUGCCAUCCUCAGAGAAAAUAAGAUGGAGAGUUUUGUGAAAGAGAAAGAACAAGAGAUUUUGCAACUUGAGGAGGAUGCAAAGACAUUCAUCACCAUGGAGAACUUGGACCACCGCAUAGAGGAAGCCCUGGACAAUCCGAUUAACUACAACUUUGCUAUUGACAAAGAGGGACGAGUGGUGAAACGGACAGUGCUACAGUGAGCAAGGAGAGCUCAACCAAACUUGACAAAGUUCCCACAAAUGCUGACUGUUUGGGGGAAAUUGCCCAGUAAAAAAGGGACUCUUGUUUCACAGCAUUUCAGCCAUUCUGAAUCUUAACAACAGUGAGCAGAUGUCCAGAAGUUGCAUUUUUUUCCAUUUCAUUUUUUUUGUCUCUUUGAGAACACUUGGAGUCCAGAACUUCUGUUGCUUCUGUUGUCUUUGCAAAGCUAUAUUGAAAAUGGUUUAUGUUUUGCAAAUAAAACCUGAAAUGUGUUUAUUAUUGUCAAAGCAAUUACAUUUAUCGUCAAACAUGCACUGCCAUGUUAACUGAUGCAUAAUAAAGUAGAGUUAAUCCAAA